AUGGGAUACAUCCCAAAGCCACCACAAAUAUAUUCAGCUCAAGGAGUUGGGCAACUUGAACAACAACAGCAGAAUAGUUCCACACAAAAUUUAUAUCAAUUACAUCAACAGAUGCAACAAAUAUAUCAAGAUCAAAUUUAUCAACUUGAGGCAUUUUAUAGGAAACAAAUAGAUACAUUAAAUAACGAGAAAUCACAGUAUAUUGUGUGGUGCGAACAAUGCAAAAAACAGAACACAGAUUUAACAGCAAAGAACCAAGAACUAACAAAUACAAUUGAAAAUCUCAAAACCCAAGUCGCUGAGAGAGACGCCUUAAUAUUUCAAUUUCAACAACAACAAAACGCUUUUGGGAUUGACAAAUUUGAACCAACACAACUAAGUUAUAAUCAACAAGAUAAUGCCACAUUUUUGCGAAACUUGGAUUUACCACAACAAUUACACUUACAACAGAACAUUAUUCAAUUAACCCAACUUGUUCAAACAGACACUCAUCAACAAAUGUUAUUUGAGUACCCCAAAUAUAUAAACACUGAUAAUACCGUGACACGCGAACAAUUUUUGAAAAUACGAAGAGAUAAACGAGUUGAAAAUAUCAAAAAGCAAAAGACAUACUUCGACUCAAUGAAAACAGAAAAUAAACAGGUGGUUCAAAUGGUGUUUGAAGAAGUCUUUGUUCGAUCAUCAAAACUAAUUUUAGUUGACGUUCAAAAUAAUCAACACUUCAAAAGAGUCGUUGCAACACCAAUAAGUACUUACAAAGCAAUAUAUACUUAUAACUCUUACGAAAAACGUAUUAAUAUCAACGUGGACAAAAAGACACACUAUUCUUUAGAAAAUGAUAAUGUUGUGGUUUACACUAUAACAAAAGAAGAACUCAACAACUUCAAGGAUAAUCAAUUGUUCAUUUUAUUACCAAAUCGAGUGAUGUACCGUGUCAUCGAGAACAAUUUAAUUCGGGACAAAAGGGUUGAUUUUAUUACGGAAAAUGGAAUAAAAGGAUGUGUGAAAUUGAUUGAUAAAAAAGAGGAGAAAUUUGAAAGGAAGGAAGCCAAAUGCCCGCUAACAGCUAAUUCUAAAGAUGCGGAAAUUGGGGGACAUGACGAUUUUGAUCCAAAUGAGCAAUUUACAGAACAAACUUCAACUGAUGAAACAGAUGAGGGUUGGCAUACUGUGCAUUCUAAAUCAAAAUUUAAUGAAAGAAAAGAGAAACAACAUGUCAAUACCACCCCACACAAUCAAAGUGUUGUUGAUCAUGAUUAUAUGAGUAAAAAUAAAAUAAAUAAAUCCAACACACAAACACAAAGUAAUGCUAUCCAUCCACACCAAAUUCAAAAAUAUGUUAAUGUCCCAGUAUCAAUCGUUGCGCUUAAUAUCAAAGAUUUUUUCGUGCAUUUUAAUGACAAAGAAAAUGGAGAAAAUUAUUUUGAUCCACAUGAUUUGUAUCCAAAUGGGCAAGAUGCUGGCGAGGUGAAAUAUUUUCCAAACAAUGAAUGUGAUCUUAUAUUUUUAAAUGAUCAUAAAUAUAUGAUGGUUGUAGACACAAAUUGGGUCAACCAACAAGAUGUUCAAGUGAAUAUGUUUGGAAAUACGUUUAACAUCAAAACGCAGUCAAAAAGGUUUGAUAAGUGUGAUACUCAAUCUAUAAAAAUCAACAAUAUUAACUGUUACAUAUACAUUACUUACGUCUAUGGAGUGUACUCCUUUGGGGAACAAGGAAAAAAACUCUCGAAAUGGUCCAAAGACAAAAAAAAAUUUUGUGAAAACAACGUACUAAUUCAGAAAGAAAAUAAUGACACUGGGGUCUAUUACUACCGCUUGACUGGAAUGACAAUGGAUCGACUUUUUAAAAAUUGUGUGAGUUACCUUUCUCAAUGCGAGCCCGUGUUUCCAAUAGUGGUGAAAGACGUUGGAAAAUUUGAUGUUGCUUUUGAUAUUGGAGACAACAGGAUGUUGUUGCUCCACGUCACAAUUAAUUGA